CCGGAGAACCGGCGCUCUCCGCCUUGUCUCCACUUACUGCUGUUUAUCCAGCAGAUCAUUCUAAACAAUUGUCUUUAAAAAGCACUUGGCUCCGCGCGUCUUCUUUGCGUUCUCUGAGUUGGGAGCUCGCGGUGGGCACGGGGAGGGAGAAGAAACGCCUGCUCUGGUCGAAAACACCGAGAGACCGGAACGUCUCUUUCAACAGCGGGAAGAAAGGCCGCCGCAGGGUCUACACACACCUACAGUUGUCUGCCGCCUUUUGUGCAAAUUCCUAACCGUGCCUGAGGUCCACGCGAGCGGGCAGGCAUGGGGUGUUUGGGCAACAGCAAGACGUCAGAAGACCAGGGCGUCGAUGAAAAGGAGCGGCGCGAGGCCAACAAAAAGAUCGAGAAGCAGUUGCAAAAGGAGCGGCUGGCUUACAAAGCGACUCACCGCCUGCUGCUGCUGGGGGCUGGUGAGUCUGGGAAAAGCACUAUCGUCAAACAAAUGAGGAUCCUGCACGUCAACGGAUUUAAUCCAGAAGAGAAGAAACAGAAAAUUCUGGACAUCCGGAAAAACGUUAAGGAUGCUAUUGUGACAAUUGUGUCGGCGAUGAGCACCAUAAUUCCCCCCGUUCCACUGGCCAACCCGGAAAACCAGUUUCGAUCAGACUAUAUCAAGAGCAUUGCCCCCAUCACUGACUUUGAAUAUUCCCAGGAAUUCUUCGAUCAUGUGAAGAAGCUCUGGGAUGAUGAAGGCGUGAAGGCCUGCUUCGAACGGUCCAACGAGUACCAGCUCAUCGACUGCGCCCAAUACUUCCUGGAGAGAAUCGACAGUGUCAGCCUGGUGGACUACACACCCACAGACCAGGACCUCCUCAGGUGCAGAGUUCUGACCUCAGGGAUUUUUGAGACCAGAUUCCAAGUGGACAAAGUCAACUUCCACAUGUUUGAUGUCGGAGGCCAGAGGGAUGAGAGAAGAAAAUGGAUCCAAUGCUUCAAUGACGUCACUGCUAUCAUCUAUGUGGCCGCUUGCAGCAGCUACAACAUGGUUAUCCGGGAAGACAACAACACCAACCGCCUGCGGGAGUCACUGGACCUUUUCGAGAGCAUCUGGAACAACAGGUGGUUGCGCACCAUUUCCAUCAUCUUGUUCCUGAACAAACAGGAUAUGCUGGCAGAAAAAGUGCUGGCAGGAAAAUCAAAAAUUGAAGACUAUUUCCCAGAGUACGCAAAUUAUACUGUUCCUGAAGACGCGACGCCGGAUGCGGGAGAAGACCCCAAAGUCACCAGAGCAAAGUUCUUCAUCCGGGACCUGUUUCUGGUCACACGGCUUGUCAGCAGCAGCGGUCAGGGUGCAGGCCCCAAGGCGGCCCUGAGACAGCCACCCAUCCGUGUGUUGCCUUUUCCCAAAGGGACGGAGUCGGGGGAUUGGGGGUCCUGCCAGGCACGACUCAAGAAGGAGUCCUGUUCAUCCGCCCUGGGGCUGUCUGCGGGGCUCUCCUGA